UCAAACAAAAAAACCUAAAUUCCCAAAAUGCGAAUCUUCACUUCUAGCAGCUCCAAUUUCUUCAAAUGCAAACUCGAGAAUUUCGCACUGAUUCCUGAUCACCACAACUUCAAUUUCAAUUCCAUCAGAGAAAUGUCGCAAUCCACCUCAAUCCCCAAAAAACAACUAAGGGUUCGCGACCACGGCUACGACGACUACAUGGAGAUCGAAAAGAAAACUCGCAAGGUCCUCAAAUUCCAGAACCUCAUCCUCUCCGAGCCAAAUCAAUCGGUCCCAAUCCCGCGCCUCGAAACCCUAGCGCGCCGCGUCGGGUUCACGCGGCACGAAGCCGGCGCGUUCGUCCUAAAGUUCCCGCACGUCUUCGAAAUCUUCGAGCACCCGGUCCAACGCAUCCUCUUCUGCAGGUUGACCCGCAAGGCCAUCCUCCAGAUCGAGGAGGAGCGCCACGCGCUAAAGGCGCAGAUUCCACGCGCCGUCACGCGCCUCCGCAAGCUCAUCAUGAUGUCGAACACGCAACGCCUCCGCCUCGAGCACGUGCGGAUCGCACGCACCGCGUUUGGGUUACCGGACGAUUUUGAAUUCUCGGUGGUUUUGAGGUACCCUCAAUAUUUUCGUUUGAUUGAUGCAGAAGAAACUAGGAUGAAGUACAUUGAGCUUGUAGAGAGAGACCCUAGUUUAGCAAUUUGUGCAAUAGAAAAGGUUAGGGAGAAAGUGUAUAGAGAGAGAGGUGGUGAUGCUGAAGAUGUUAGGUUCUCUUUUGUGAUUGAUUUCCCACCUGGUUUUAAGAUUAGCAAGUAUUUUAGGAUUGCAAUGUGGAAGUGGCAGAGGCUUCCUUAUUGGUCCCCUUAUGAGGAUGUUACUGGGUAUGAUUUGAGGUCCAUUGAGGCCAAGAAGAGGAUGGAGAAGAGGGCUGUUGCUACAAUUCAUGAACUGUUGUCCUUGACUGUGGAGAAGAAGAUUACUUUGGAGAGGAUUGCGCAUUUCCGGAUGGCGAUGAACUUGCCGGGGAAGUUGAAGGAUUUCCUGCUCCAGCAUCAGGGGAUUUUUUAUAUCUCCACCAGAGGGAAUCAUGGGAAACUUCAUACUGUUUUCCUUAGGGAGGGGUAUAGGAAGGGCAAGCUGGUCGAGCCGAAUGACUUGUAUUGGGCGCGGAGGAAGCUGGAUGAGUUGGUCUUGUUGAGCCCCCGGAAAGCUAAGGUUGAUAGGGAAUUGGUUGGGUACAGGAGAAGCAGGUUAGAGGAUGAAAUGGGACAAGUAACUAGAGCAUAUGUGGAGGAUGCUGGUGAAGACUUUAAGGGUGGAGAUGGUGUGGGGCAAGAUAAGGAUGCAGAGGAUGAUUUGUCAUCAGAUAUAGGUUCUGAUGUUGAUUCUGUUGAUGAGGAUGAUGAUUUUGACGAUAGUGUAUCAAUGAAAAGGACAUCUUAAAAAGAACAUACGUGGAGGAUUCUGGUGAAGACUUCAAGGUUGGAGAUGUUGUGGGGCGAUAAGGAUGCAGGGAGCCUGGGAAUGAUUUGUCGCCAGACAUAGGUUCUUCUGAUGUUGAUUCUGGAGUUGAGGAUGAUGAUUUUGAGGAUAGUGUAUAAUGCAAAGGUCAUCUUAACUGAGUAUGAGGGGGAAUCUUUUUUUAUCUUAAGUUAUUCCAAUUUUGCUAUUGAGAAGUCUCGAUAUAGUUUUGAAAAUUUGAAAGCAGAAUAUAUUUUGGAGUUAAGAUUCCUGUUUUUAACGCAUCUUAACUGAAGUGAUAAUUUUCUUUUGUGAUUGAUUUGACCACUGUAGUGUCUUGGUGAGACACAGGGUUUAUUAUGAAAAAUGUAUUGGAGUUGGAGUCUCCUCCUUUCGUGGAGGAGAAGCACUGCCUACUACUAUGAUGAGACUUAGGCAUUUCUGGAAGAUUAAAUUGAGGAUGAUAUCUGACGCGAACUUAGAUCUUCAGCCUACAAUAGAUCGGUUGUAUUGUUUCACUUACGGAGUGAAAGUAGUGCCUUUAGGUGGAGGAAGGUAUCUACCUAGUCAUGGACUCAUUUUACCUGUACAUACAGACAGACACCAUUUUUAUAGAAGAAAACACUGGGCAAACAAAGAAACAACAGCUUUAACCUUGAAGGCUCGUGUUGGAAAAUCAAGUGCCUCUCUUCCAGUCAUGUAAAAUAACUCGUCUGCAUUUUUCUGUAUACCAGUCACUUGAAUUAAAUCACUGCACUUCUGAAUUUUGACCCUAAUUUACUACUUUGCCUUUAGCCUGUCAUUGGAUAACCACAAUGUACUUAAAACAAAACCCUCUAGUUUAAGUGUUCUUCUCAGUACUUGCACUGCAGCAUGCUUAACUAGACGUGCUUGACUUUGAAUAGCCUGGAAGUUCAAAAGAUAUAAUAACAAUAGAAAACAUUGAGUUU